AUGGCUUCUACUGGGAGUAAUUUGGGGCUCUACACUAAUCUGAAAGCAUUGGAGAAGAAUCCCAGAUCAAGAACAGCUCCUUUCAGAUGCUUUUUGGGGUUGGAUUCAGCUCAAAAAUCAUACAUUAUUCCCAAAAGAAGAUCAUCAUUUUUAACUUGUCUGAAUGUACCAAAAGCAUCUCCAGCAACAACUGUGGAGGGGGCAAAUUCUCAGGAAACUGGUACAGUUCCUACUCCCGUAGUUAUAAUAGAUCAAGAUUCAGACUCUGAUGCCACCGUCGUGGAAAUUACCUUUGGAGAUCGCCUUGGUGCCCUUCUGGACACCAUGAAGGCGCUUAAAAAUCUCGGAUUGAAUGUCAUCAAGGGAAAUGUCUACCUCGAUUCAUCUGGCAAGCACAACAAGUUUGCUAUUACUAAAGCUUCGACAGGUAGAAAGGUGGAGGAACCAGAGUUACUGGAGGCAAUUCGUUUGACAAUCAUUAACAACCUGCUUCAGUAUCAUCCGGAGUCAAGUGCUCAAUUGGCAAUGGGUGCUGCAUUUGGUGUCAUGCCACCAGAUCAUAUGGUUGAUGUGGAUAUAGCAACCCGUAUCAAGGUUAAAGAUGAUGGUCCUGAACGAAGCUUACUAUACGUGGAGACAGCAGAUCGUCCUGGAUUACUGGUCGAUCUUGUGAAGAUCAUUACUGACAUAAACAUUGCUGUCGAAUCAGGAGAGUUCGAUACAGAGGGUUUGUUGGCUAAGUCAAAGUUUCACGUAAGCUACAGGGGUAAAGCUGUCAGCAAGCCCCUUCAACAGGUCCUUGCGAAUAGUUUGCGGUACUUCUUGAGGAGACCGACCACGGAAGAUGCAAGUUUUUGA